GACAUUUGACAACAUAAUUAUGUUGAGGGGAGUCCAACGAGAGCGAGUAUUUUCUUUUUGAGGAUUUACCAAGGUCGUUAAUUUUUUUAUCAUACUGUGGUUUUUCAUUCCUAUGCAGAGAACUGCAUUAAAAAUGAUAGAAAUUGGGACCGCGUUAGUACAAAUUUAAAUUAAUCGAUAAUUAAAUAAGUGUGAUUUUCCGGUGUUUUUCCUAUUCCAAACUUGUAAAAAAGUGAGUAACAGAAUGCGGCUCAUAUCUCGGCUCCAGACGGUCUCCAAGAUGCUGGAUUUUUAUUCCCAGUUUAAUCCAUCGCCCUUGAGCAUUAAAAAGUUUAUUGACUUUGGACUCAAUGCCUCCGAAGAAAGAUCCUUCAUAUUCCUGAGAAAAGAACUGCCAGUUAGGUUAGCCAAUAUCAUGAAAGAAAUCGCUUUGUUACCUGAAAACCUUUUAAGAAUGCCUUCAGUUGUUGCUGUUAAUGAUUGGUACAUGCAAAGUUUCCAAGAAAUCCUCGAAUUCGAGAAACGCGAUCCUUCGCCCGGUUCAAUGGAACAUUUCUGCAACGAACUCGUAAAAAUCCGAAACCGACAUUCCGACGUGGUGGAAACCAUGGCUCAGGGCGUUCUGGAACUGAAAGAGUCCCACGACGUCGACAGUCAUACUGAGCACAGUAUUCAGUAUUUUUUGGAUCGAUUUUAUAUGUCUAGGAUUUCCAUUCGGAUGCUCAUCAAUCAACACAUUAAUUUAUUUUCAGCCCUAAUCUUUGGCGGGCAACUGGAAAACGCUCCGGGACCGAAUCAGAGCAAAUAUAUAGGGUGUAUCGAUACACAGUGCGAUAUAGUCAGUGUCAUAAAGGACGCGUACGAAAAUGCCAGAUUUUUGUGCGACCAGUACUAUUUGGCCUCGCCGGAGUUGGUUAUUCAUCAGGCUCAACAUAACGAUUUACAAAAAGAGCAAUACAUAAACAUAGUCUAUGUACCCUCCCAUUUGUAUCACAUGCUAUUCGAACUGUUCAAAAACUCCAUGCGAGCCGUAAUGGAAUAUCAUAAUUUGAGCAACGAGUUUCCGCCAAUCACAGUUGCUGUGUCAAAAGGAAAAGAAGAUAUUUGUUUGAGGAUGUCCGAUUUGGGAGGUGGGAUUGCUAGAUCAACUACAGAUCACCUAUUUAAGUACAUGUACUCUACUGCCCCUCAGCCAAGUAAAUCCGAUGCUCAUACGGUACCGUUGGCUGGGUACGGGUACGGCCUACCAAUUUCUCGAUUGUAUGCAAGGUACUUUCAUGGUGAUUUGGUACUGUUGUCUUGUGAAGGUUAUGGUACUGAUGCUGUAAUUUACAUGAAGGCAUUGACAAACGAAGCUAAUGAACUUCUACCAAUUUUCAAUAAGACAACUUCGAAAUUCUACAGAUCUACAAUUCCAAUGGGCGAUUGGUCCAAUCAGGCCACUCACAUUGGCGAUAGACAAAUUUGCAUAAACACUAGAAAACAUCAAUUGCCGCAAUCGUCUCAGGAGACUUUGACGAGGGUUUUGUAACCUUUAGACGAAGGUUUUUAGUCUGUUUUUUCGAUUUAGAAUUAGAUUUAUUUUAUGCUAGUUUUUUGUUUCAUUUAUUAUGACUUGCUCAAUUUUUGAGUGUAAAGGGAUUGAAAAUAGGCAAUCUUGAUUUUGAGAUAUUAUUUUGAACCAAAAAUUAUUUCCAAAUUGUUUUUUUUAAUAAAUUAUUGAAAUUUGUUAAUAAUAAAUUUAGAAUUUAAACUAGACAAACUGCAAUUUAGUACCGUAGUAAAAAUACAGUUUUAAUGUGUGUGUUAAUCUAAAUUAUAAAUUAAUUUUUUUAAUAAUUAUUUGUUAUUCUUUCUUAGUUGUUAUUGUUAUACACAUAUAAAAAAAAAUUGGGGCGGUUUUGAUUACAACCCCCUGUAUAAUUUUGUUAAAAUGAUACGUUUAAUUAAAGGUCUAUGUAGUCAUAUUGUGUGAUAAUUAUUAUUAAUUAUAUUUACAAUUAGUUAAUAAAAAAAUAUAGGUUUUAGGUAGUCUAUACGCAUAUCAACUUAUUGUUUUAUUAAUAAUUUAACUUCUGUAGAUUGGGUUAGACUACAAGAAAAUGCGGAUCAGAAAAUCUUCAUUUUAUGAAGACCUACUACAAAGCAUAGAAAAACUGUUCAUGAAAACCAGAGAAGUACGAAAACGAAAAAGCUACAAAGCUGCUUACGCUUACUGUGUGAAUGGAACAAUAUUUUUGAAGAAGAACAACACUGACACUGUCAUAAAAAUCAAGUCCGAGGCACACCUCAUGUUCCUCAUGUGAUCAAAUAAGGAUACCAAAGAAUAAGUAUGAUAAAGUAAACCAAUUUUCAAAUCAAACGAUACUCUGGAUGAUUAUAAAUCCACAGAAGCAUAUUAUAUUUGUGAUAAUUUUAGUUAAAUAGACUGCUUUGAUGAUAGUUAUAGGUAUGUUAACAUAAUGCAUGUUAA